AGUGGCGCUGCGAAUUACCCUGGCUUUUGCUGCUUCUUCUCUGCCUUCCAGAAGUCCGUCGUCGUUAAAAGCGGUGGACAAAGAUCAUCGUUGCGAGAAUAUAUAUGAAAAGAAGGAAGGGAGGACAGUAAAACGAUCCAAUUGUUCCUCGGCGUCGCUUUCCUUUCCCUGGGGGAGGGAGGAGGAGCCCUCGCUCGCUCAGCUCUCCGGUCGGGGCGCGGACGAUGCAUUCUGGAACGCCGCGAAGGCUUGAGGGAAGCGCCCAUGCCGUGCCGGAAGGCGUCGUCGUCGCAAGUCGUGUGUCGGUCGUGUGCAGCGCCGAGCGAAGCGUGACUGACUGCCGCACUCCGCUCCCAACGCUUCUUGCCGCCGCCGCCGCCACCGCCACCGCCUCCUCCGCCGCCACCGCCGCUGCCGACGACGACGUUCCGCUCCCGCUGCUUACUGCCCCCUUCCCCCCUUCCCCCCUUCCCCCUUCCCCCUUCCCCCUUCUCCCCCUCCUCCCCCGUGUCAAGGGCGCUUCCCCGACGCAGCAACGAGCCCGCAGACAGUGCUGAGGAUCUCAUGCGUCCGCGGGGGAAUCUGGUGCCAAGAUUCGCGUGAGGAAAAAAAAAAAAAAAGUUUCGACCUCCCCCCAAAACACACACCCCUCCCCCCUCCCCCAGUGACAACGCGAGUGAAUCAGUGCCUUCAGAAGAAAAACAAAACGAAACAAAACAAUAAAAACGAAUCGGAAAGAUACCCGAAUAAGUGUCCAAAUAAGAAGAAAAAAAAACACAGAAAUCCCAAGAAAUAAAGACAGAUCAAAACAACACAAAGACACGUGUACCCUUUAAACACAUAGCACUGAAAUCAUCAAACUAGAGCUGCCCGAGAGACCCCAACGCCACCCCAGUGAAAUAAAAAAGGGGAGAAACGAAGAAACAAAAGUAAAACUGACUGAAGGGAAACUCGCCAGCAAGAUGGGGGUUCCAGAAGCUCCUUAUGUCAAGGUCAAGACGCCGAGGCCAGUCACGGAGGGAAGAAGGAUCCGGAAGCCCAUAAUGGAGAAGAAGCGUCGCGACCGCAUCAACAGCUGCUUGGACGAGCUCUCUGCCCUGCUGCAGGAGGAGAGGAUGGUGAAGGCGAAGACGGGGAAGGCCGCCAAGCUGGAAAAGGCUGACGUUCUGGAGCUGACGGUGAGGUACUGGCAGAGCGUCAUGGGUGUGAGGACGCGGGGCGGCUCGCCACAGCUCUCUGGGGAGGCUGGCGAGGAGAGCGGCUACCUCAAGGGCUACAAGCACUGCAUAAGCAUGGUGGAUUCGCUGCUCGGCGACUGCAAGGAGGGCGGGACGGAAGCCUUUCGCGAGGGCCUGCUCAAGCACCUGUCGGAGAGGGUUCAGAUGCUCACGCCCGGCGAGGAGAAGAAGUCGGAGGGCCAAAUGGACGGCGACUUGGCCAAAUCCUCGGGUCAGACCGCGUCAGGAGGCGAUACCCAGUCCCUCGCUCUCAUCCCGACGCUGCUCCCUGACGGCGCUCUGGCACUGCUGCUGCAGGAGGGCGUUGCCACCUUCGAGAGCCACAGCGAGACCGAAGACGAGCAGACGGGGGACCAGAACCGUCCGUCUCUCCAGCUGAAGUCUAAUCAGGAAGCGAAGCCCUUGGUCUUCCCCCCGAUGAAUCAGCCGAGGGCCGCCCACGACACGCAUGACCCAAGUCAGGCGAGGAACCAACACGGCGCCGUAGACCGCAGGGAAGAGCCGCUGGCCAUGGACUCUCUUGACAAGCCGUACAAGAAUCCCAUGGCAGAUCCUACCGAUCAUGGGAGUCCUAUGGAGGAAGGACAUGCCUUGGAUGGCCCUCACCACGACUUGGAGGGUGCCACGCCGAUGGACACCUGCUCCGACCUGAUGUGGCGGCCGUGGUAGAUGGACGCUGAUCGUCUCGACAACCCAGUGCAUGACGAGAAUUUUUUUUCGCUAUUAGAUACUAUAUUCUACAGCCUAUCGAAGUGUUUAUUAUACGAGCCAGUUAUAGAUUUUGUUUAUGUUAUAACCAGUUAAUAAAGCGAUAUAAAUCAUG